AACACAUCACACAAAGCAACCAUCACUGUCAGUAAGUGUCCAUGAUUGAGUCUUUGAAUGAAGAGCUUGAGAUAAAACUGUCCAGUUUGAGUGUUUGUUGUAGCUUGUUCCAGUAAAGAUUUUGGCCAACGUUCAGAUAUAAAUGUAUGAUGUAGAACAAAUAUUUAGUGUAUAGAAUCAGGUCUGCUCUAGUCAUGGCAUUUCUAUCUGCAACGUUUUUGUAAUGAACAUGGCCUCCUCACAGGAGGGUAAGGGUUACCCGUUUAUCACCGGUUUUAUUAUGAGCCAAUAGUAUCUUGACAUGUAGCAUUUUAACCAAUUGAAUGAUAAUGCACAUUAAGGGUCGAUGAGGAAAGCAACGCCCCCUCCAAUAUCAGACCCGUCCCUUUCAAUGAAAAGCACUGUCAAUGUGUUUGCCACAAUCAUAUCAGACAAUAGUGAAAUACCAUAAAAACAAGGGUGUCAUUAACUUGUUUGUAGAUGUGUAGGCUAUUAUUAAAAUACAUUUUCAUUGUUGCACACCUUGAUUUAGGCCUAGGUGGUUUUACUAUUAUUUGUGUUGGGGAAUUUUGUGUUCUUAUUUAUUUUAAUUGUAUCUAAUUUAUUGUAUGUAUUUAUUUUCCUUAAUGUCCUUGUCUCUUGUCCAAUUUAGCUUUUAGUAUUUGGCAUCCCUGAUAUACAAAAAGUGAUUGCUGCUCUUAACAUGUGAAUAAGGACAUUAGCCUUGUCAUAUUGCAGUUGCACCUUACACAACAGCAGCAAAGCUUGAGAAUAGACAUUCUCAAAUCUUAUGUUAGUCAAAAACUCAAUCAUGGCUUCUUGGCUGGAGAGUUGCUGGCUGGCUGCGUGACGUCUCACUGAGCCAGCUUAGAGGGUGAGGUCAGGUCUCUCAGUUUCUUUAAGCUCCGGAACCCAGUCUCACCUUCAAAGUCCCAGAGCCUAUUUUCCAUGCUAGGAGGGAAGAAGGUUCCAGAGGAAAGUGUUUCGGGUGGGCCACAGAAAGGAGAUGACCCUCCGCUGGUUGUUCACCCAACUUUGGAGACACCGUGUGAUGGGUCUCCUGAUGGCUUUGUGUGUCACCUUGUUACUCAUGCUCCUGGCUACUCAGUCAUUGCAGCAUCCAAGCCACUAUGGUGGGCACAAGGGCCAUAAGGUGGAGGAGAAGGGAGCACUUUCCGACAAUGCUCCUCCAAACACCCCCGUCCCAUCUCACACUGCCCCUAACAGGAGGAAGGAGGUUCAGACACCCAAUCUGCAGCAUCAAAGAGAUCCCAAUGGGGACAUCUUUAUGAGGACAAGGAGGAGCCCUCCACCUGUAGCUUUCCUCAAAACACACAAGACUGGAAGCAGCACUGUCCAGAAUCUGAUGUUCCGCCUUGGGGAGAAGGAGAACCUCACUUUCGCCUUCCCCUAUUACGCAUACCAGUUCAGCUACCCAGAUAGGUUCCGAGCAGACUUUGUAGAUGAGCUGCCACCGGGUUCCUCUCAGUUCGACAUGCUCUGCAGCCACAUGCGGCUGGACCUGGGACAGCUGAAACAGGUGAUGCCCAAGAACACUAUCUACAUCACCCUGCUGCGUGAUCCUCUACAGACCUUUGAGUCCGUUUUCAGCUACUACACUUCCACUGUACCUGCCUUCACUCUAGCCAAAAAGGCAGCUGACACAGCUAACAGGAAGUCAGCCCUCUCAGUCUUCCUGGAGGCCCCAGAGUCCUACUGGGACCCUACAGAACCUGGGAAUGGCCUAGCCAGGAACCCUAUGAGCUUUGACCUGGGCCUCAGCAGCCAAGAGUGGAACGCAUCCUGGCCCAUGGAGCUGACUCAGCUGGAGGAGGCCUUCCAGCUGGUAAUGAUUGCUGAGCACUUUGACGAGUCUCUGGUUCUCCUGGGGGCUCUGCUGCAGCUGGAGCCUGAGGAGCUGGCCUAUGUGCACCUGAAUGUCCGCGCCCCCUCGGACAUCACCCCGAUAGAGGAGGACACCAAGGCCAGGCUCUGGGCCUGGAACAGUCUGGAUGUGCUGCUCUACAACUUAUUUCUGCAGGUGUUCUGGGAGAAAGCUGAGCAGUAUGGCCUGGGGAGACUGAAAAGGGAGGUGACCCUACUGAGGGCCUCCACACAGAGGCUCAGACAGAAGUGUGUGGCCAGAGGAGGAGUGCCCCCUGGUGAGCUGGAGGACCUGGUCAGGCCCUGGCAGACCGACACAGUCACCAUCCUGGGAUACAAGGUACGAGGGAACCUGACUCUGCAGGAAGAGGGGCUCUGUGUGCGACUAGUGCUGCCUGAGCUACAGUACCACUCUCACCUGUAUUUCCAGCAGUAUGGCCAUGACAUGAGGUCCAUACCUACAGACUAAUGUGCAGCACUUUCCCUUUUAGAUACUACACUGCUCAGAAUUUCUGCUUUUGAUGCAUUUUUCCAAUAAACCAGA